AUGAUCCACUCUCACCAUCGGUCCAAAGACGACCCCGAGCGUCGAGCACGCGUGCUGUCCCGUAUACUCGAUCCGGAAUACUCGGGACAAAGUCCGAAUGCGUUCUCCUCGUCGUUUCGAGCUCGGUCUCCGUCGUUGCCCCAAGCGAGCGUCUUCGUCGACCGAUACGGAGAACAGCACGAUCCUGAUUUCAGGCCGUUUGGAUCGUAUCCUGCGGUGACGCCAAUGGACGAACCCAGGGCAUGGCCUUGGUUCGAUGGAGAUGACGAUGACGAUGACGAGCCCAGGUCGAUGAGCAGAGGACCGACGAGUUUCCCGAGCGGCCGGAUGGCGUAUUCAACAGCGAGCUCGUCUUACCAUUCCUCGGUUUCAUCUGGUUCAGCUCCAGCCUCCGGCGGCUCCAAAUACGUAUACGGGUCACGUUCGAGGUCAAUCUCCGCCUUGCCCACUCCGCCACUAGAGCUCGACCGACCCAUGCCAGCCAACUUCGAAUCCCACAGCGGUCGACACAUAUCCCCACCAGCACAUAUCCCACGUUCAUCGCUCUUCCCGUGGACGCCAGCUCAGCGGGCGGUUAGAGUUCAGCACGAAGUCAACAAGCGAAAUGUCAUGCCCCCACCACUGUUCCUAGAAGAAGAGCCCGAAGAAGCCCCACUGACGCUCGUUGAUUCUCAAUAUGUUCCUGGUUACGGUCAUUUCAGCACACCUCCUGCGACGACCACCGAGCAAUCACAAUCACAUCCACACCCACAACCAAACACUGCACCUCACACCGAACACAAAUGCCGAAUACACAUGCGCACAGGACGAGCCCGAGCUCACACCCCCGUCUCCAACGACUGCACAAACACCCGAGGAGGACGAGGAUGA